CGCGCAUCGUCGCUUCCAAAAGGUCGAAGUUGAGUCCUGCCCUCUAACAGUCACGUGGCCCUCAGGAUGUCCAGCGCCAAAACCGAACGGCUGUGCCCGGAGAAAACUGUGAUUCUCUGGAGGUUUUAGACAUGUAUUUUUGGCGCCAAACCUUCCGAGUGGGACGCCGACGCUGUUCACAAGAUAUUCUAUCGUCUGUUGAACGCUAAUUGUACAAGGCUGUCAGAGAAGAUGCAGAAUCGGGUGGUAAAGUCAGAGCGGGUCAGUGGCUGGGGUUCUGUAGCAGGACCCUGUCCUGGAUGUUUGGCUGUGAACCUGGGAUCUCUGGUAGUACCCAACACCCCAGUGCCACCACACCUACAUGUACCGGGCUGCCCUUCCCAGAAUCCCACACUCCACAAUGAUGAUGAUGAUGUCAUCUUUGUUGAAACUCCGACCACGGGUCCACCGCAACUGAUUCAAGCAGGUAAUGCUCAGGUCAGAACAAUGUCUUCAGACGAGGAUGACCUUCAGGUGACCUAUGUGUCCCUCCCGGAGACGGCACACUACCCCCAUGCCAGGGGAGACUGCAAGAUCCACACCUUCAAGGAGGUUGACCUGACAACCAUAGGGCCAGUGGAGAACAACGCCACAUUCUGUGAGAAGUGUUACUGCUUCAUGUGUGAUGUGCCAGCUAGUCAGUGUCAGCAGUGGACGGACCCAACAGGUGCCCAUUGCAAUGCCUACAAGUGCCCGGCCUGGAUGGCACAACAGACAUCCAAACCCAGCCCUCUGCUGUCCAGACUCACUGUAGAGCUCAUCACUCAAGAAGUCCGAGAUGCAGUGAGGAGAACAGAUGAGCUGGUGAAGGGUAUCCAGGAGGAGUACGUGACCUUCAGGAAAGGCAAGGCCUGCCUGUGCACAUGUCAUCAACUGGUCCCUGGAUCCUACUCGUGUGACGUCUGCAACCCACACCACAUAGUCGAGCAGUACGACUACUCGGUUGUGAAGCAGAAGCUCCUCGUGGCUGUGCAGGAGGCCAGAGGUCAGAGCCAGGCUGGGAGGGGCGAUGCCGGCAUGGUGAUUCUGGACUCUCUCAUCCACGUACUGGUACUGGAGAAGUCUCCUCCCAACACCAGGCCUAAUCGAAAUGUGGGGUACAAAGUGUGGGAAACCAAGUUUUACCAGUCAAGGAACGAGAUCAUGAAAGAAAUUGACGAGCUGUUGAUGGAUAUCUUCGUGCUUGUCAAGACAACCCCAGCGCUACGGAAAGCAGUCAUCGACAACCUCACUGAAAUGCUCAACAGGGAGGGAGUACGGCAUCCUUGGGCACUUUCGAUAAGGCAGUGGGAGGACCGCCUCCUGUCCCUGGUGCUGACCGGGUCGAACCUGACCGGCCGGAAGGGGACCGACGUCCUCCUGGAGCCCUGCAUGGUGAUCCGGCGCCGCGUGGAGCGGCUGAAACACGACGGGAACUACCGGCAGGCCGUGCGCUACCUGAAGUGCGUGAACAUCCCAUUACACAACUCUGCCGGCGGCACGUCGGUGACCCAGGAGAGGGCGGACUUCCUGCAGUUGCAGCACCAAGUGCCUCUGCUGUAUGUGAGGUGCGGGUCUUUCAACGAGGCCUUCAUGACUUUGACGUCAGGACCGGUAGAUGCUAAGCACCUUAGGGACUCCAUCAUCGCGAAAAUGGACGGAGGAGCCUUCCUUGAACUGAUGAAGUCGCUCAGUACGGACCUAUGCGGCGUCAAGGGCUUGCCAACACACAAGAUCCUGUGGGCCUGCUUGAUAGCAUUGACAAUGAACGUGGGAGUGCAGCUGAACUUGGAGUUCCUGGUAUGGUUUGUACAGUGGGCAGCAAGCAAGACAAUAGGUGACCAUUCUCCCAGUUAUGAUGAGACCGCGUGCAAUCGGGCGAGAUCGCUGAUACAGGCCUCCCAGAGUGGCGUGCUGACGGUGUCAGCCUUGAAGGAGACUAUCAUUCACUCGAGGCUGGCUGUUACGGCCAGCGAAGCGGUACUGUAUCCACUGUUCGCUCACAGACACGACGCACAUCUGGAUAGUGUUGCCUCUGCCUUCGGCACCAAACUCUGGGCAUUCGAGUGCUCCCUAAACAGCUGCACAUUGUCCAGCGUGUUCGCAUCCACGCACUUGUGCCAGUGGCUACAGAAAAAGUACCUUCCACAGUACGGCGCUUCGAGGAUAAAGGACACGGUGUGGUCCAAUGUUCUGAUCAGCGUGCCUCAGCCUAUGUCCGCGUCACUCAUCGAAGACAUGCUGAACACGAGCCCGGCUGCCUACGCCACCAUCUUCAGUUGUCUCGGCUACUUCACUACACAACUGGUGGCCGUUCCGACGGCAAAAGUGGACAAAAGGCUGCUGGGGGUUCUGUCGACCCAGAUAUUCCCGAUGGCGAAAGCCGCUGAUCAUACAGCAUUGCUGAGCAACAUUGUAAAGCUGUCCUUCUUCAACGACCCAAACGAGGCGACUGUACUGGUCUUGAGAGAGCUGUACGUCAAGGAGUGGCCAAAAGUUUUGGAUUCCAUGAUCCGAGUACUUCCGCCAGAAAAGAUGGAAGUUGCCCUGGUGUCCUGCUUCUCCACUUGCGUGAAAAAGGGAGAGGUAGAUAUAGUCGUACGGAUGCUACAUGCAAACCGUGCCGGGCAUGCUAGUGCCAAGACUGCCUUUGACUAUGUGCCCACUGUGUCGGUCUUGGUAGAGAAGCUAGCAGGGCAGCUCCCCGAACUUGACAAAGAUGUGGCCUUGCAGCUGUGUGACGGCAUCAAGGACUGGUUGAGAGAUGAAAGCUACUGCCCCUUACUGUGCCAAAACUGCAACUACGACAUAUCCCUCAUCUCUCUGAACAACGUCUGGAAGUCCGUCGGCUCCAUCUGCCCGGAUAGACUUGAGCACAUCUUAGCACAUGCCAUGAAGAGGCUCGGGAAAGCUGUGUCGUCGUUCCACAUGGUCAAGCAAGCCCAGAGAAGUUCCAUGGUGUCCUGGUUGAAGAGAGUAGCGACUGUGAUGAAGCAGAUGGGGAAGAAGGUGGAAUACCAGGUGCACCUGAGCUUCCUCGUCUCAGCCAUUUCCACGAAGAGAGGCCUGGUGAAGGAGAUCCAGAGCUGCCCAGAGCUUGCCGCAGACAUCAUACCAGGGUGGAUGCUGCAGGAAUGGGAAGGAAAGUAUGUCCGAUCCAUGUCUGAGUGGAGCGUCAAGUCGUCAGGGCCAACAAAGCUAACCUUCAGGAAGACUAUAAGCCCCGGACCUGUGUCGCCAGUGUACAACAAAGGGUCCUCCCCGGAAGUACAACAAACAGGCAACCAACUGUCGCAUGGUCCUGCUGCAGUUUUGCAGACAGGCGUUGGUGAUGUUACCUCAGUGCAUGCAAGCCUUAAGGAGUCCAACAACAACGUCAGAGCUCCUGGAAGUGGGAACAAAGACCUGAAGAACAUGUCACUGGAAGAUAUACUACAGUAUAACUUCCCUGCGCAGGCAAAUUCAAUGGUGAAUGGGGAAGCUGUACAUCCAGUGUUGUCAAGGGGAGGAAGCCCACAGGUGGCCAUCCAACCAGCAGAUGCAAGAUACGCUCGACAGGGCACACCGGAUAGUCUGAUGGCAGCAAAUGGAAUGGCACAGCCUAGGCAUUAUAAUCCGGCAGUCAGUAACAGUGCAAGUCAGGCGCUGCAUAUGGUAGCCAGUCGAAGGCAGAUGGCCAACAAUGCAUCCUCACAGAAUUUGCCUCUCGAAAACCAACAGAUGGCUUCAACUUCAGCAAUGCCUCCAUCGGCCACAGGGAGUUCCACCAUUGUCAGUGGUGCUGGGUCUAAUCAGGCAGUCAUGACGCCUCCCCCUCCACUCAUCAGUGAUGCAGCUAACCGCCCUCAAACCGACCAAGUGCCUCCGUUACCAACUCUCUCCAGGGCGCCACCUCCGCAGUAUGAAGCCUACAUGAGGUCCUGGCAAAAUUCUGAGGCAGCAAGUCAACCCUUGCCGCCGCAGUCGUCAGCCAGCCAAAACGUGGCAAAAACCGGGCGGCCGCUGGACAGAAUGGCCAACUUCGUGAACUCCUUGGUCCCGUCUUCCAGCCAGGCGCAGACCAUGACUCCAUACCAGAUGAUACAGCCGAGAAGGUACCCAAUAGAAGUCCAGCAGCUGUCGAAUGGUCAAGCCCUCGGCGGUAUGCCGCAACAUCCCAUGCAACCUGCUGCAACCAGCUCACCAGUAGCAAGCACAGCUGUGUCACAAGCAGUGCAGCCUGGAGUCCAGAUUGCCCCACAACAGUGCUCUACCACUGCUGUGUUGGAUGCAGGACCAACCGUACCGCAACUACAGAAUGUUCAGAGCCAGAUGGAUGCAGCAACAACAAGGACUCUCACCCCAGAACUCCAAACACAGCUGCAGCCAGCUGGUAGCACUGCGGCAGGGAUGACGACCCACUCAUUUCAGAAUGCGGCGUUUGGAGUAAGCAUGCCAGUGAGCAGUGCACAGCAGCUUCCAACAAGAUUCCCCACAUCGUCAGAGCCAGUCCAUGUCUUCAUACCGAACGUUCACCAGAACCUUGUCAACGGCACGGCGGCACCAAUGUCUGUCGUCCACCACUUCCCCUCCCCACAACCCUUCGCGAUGUCGUCUCAGCACUUACAGGGGAUGCACCCCGCAAGUGUGAGCAGUAGCGUGCACACCAUUGCUGGUCAAGCAGCCCAAGGAUUGCCGGUGUCUACAUUGGGGCCAGUAGGACAACAGACAGGAAGCCCUGUUGAUACUGUGCUGCAGACUGCAGCUUGUGCCGUACCUCAGCCUGUGAAAGUUUCUGUCGCAGAUACUGUGUAUGUGGUACCGCAGGAGGAAACGCAGGCCCCAGUCAGCAGCGCUCAGGACGCGGGCCCCGUUCCUGUUCACGUCACCUUCAUCCCUCCCCCAGGCAGGCAGGAAGAGGAGGAGGUGGAGUCAGAAGAUGACUUCACGUUUGACACGACGAUGCCCUCGCCUCCACGGAAUCUGGAGAUCGACGAGAUCGUUCUCAUCAGUGACAGCGAGGAGGAAACUUUGUCAUCUGGCAGCAAACCUGAUGAUGUUGAUGAUGAUUCUCCCAACAAGGAAGACCAAGGGGAAGAUGAGUUACCUGAAGGGGACUCCAACUUAAAUCCUGAGCAGAGUCUGGAUACUGAAGAUGACUUACCUGAGAAUGACUCCUCCUUAAUCCCGGAGCAGAGUCUUGCUACAGAGACCGACUUAGAGACCGACUCUCAGCCCAAAGAUUCACAACAAAGCUCAGAAGAGGAGCCACUGCUUCACAUGUCCUGCGAGUCGAUAGACAGUGAUAUUGACGAAGCCAGGACGGUUCCCCAACCAGGAAAAGGGGAUGCCAGGGAAAAUGUUGUGAAGAUUUCCUCAACUGUUCAGGAGAAUACAUUGUUGUCAGAAAGGGCUCACCAAAACAGUGCAAACGUUAAUAAGGGCCAAGAGGAAAAUAGUGUAGAAGUAAUAAUUCAGGAGAAGACAUCGUUGUCAGAAAGGGCCCAACAAGCCAGUGCAAACUUCAGUGCGAACCUUGAGGAAAAUGGUGUAGAAGAAAUAAUUCAGGAGAAAACAUCGUUGUCAGAAAUGGCUUACCAAGACAGUGCAAACGUCAGUAAGGGCCAAGAGAAAAAUGUUGUAGAGCCAAUAGUCCAGGAGAAUCCAUCGUUUCCUGAAAGCAUGCUCCAAGCCAGUACAACCAGUAACAACCCUGUGGAAAGUGACGUAGAACUAAUAGUCCAGGAGGGUACUACAAGACACUACAGGACACUACAAGACAGUGCAAACGUCAGGAAGGGCCAAGAGGAAAAUGUUGAAGAGCCAAUAGUCCAGGAGGAUACACCAUCUUCUGAAAGGACACUCGAAGACAUUGCAAACGUCAGUAAGGGCCAAGAGAAAAAUGUAGAGCCAAUAGUCCAGGAGGAUACACCAUCUUCUGAAGGGACACUCCAAGCCAGUACAAACCUCAGCGAGAGCAGUAAAAGCCAUGACCAAAACAAGACUGAACAAACCCAAAUUGAAGAAGAGGUUAUUGUGCAGGAAAACAACGCCUCUACGGAAGCAGAUCUAACCAAUGCAGACUUACUGGAGAGCAACGAAACCCAUGAAGAAAAUGGACUAGAACAUAUGCAAGGUGAAAAAGAAACUAUUGUCCUUGAACACAGUUCCACAACUGAAGCAGGUCAGUCUGAGAUGGAAUCUGCUGAAGGUUCCUCAAUGGUGGCAAACUCUGAUAUCUCUGUAGUUCUGGAUGAUGUUGCAGAUGACACUGAUGAUAGAAGUCUGAAAGAUGAAAAAGAAACUGUUGUUCUGGAACACGGUGCCACAACAGAAGCUGGUCAAUCUGAGAUGGAAUCUGAUGAAGGUUCCUCAAUGGUGGCAAACUCUGAUAUCUCUGUUGUUGUGGAUGAUGUUGCAAAUGGCACUUAUGGUAGAAGUGAUGUCAUUGUCUUUGAGCAGACCAAAGGAAAUGAUAGCCAAAACUCGGAUAUUGCUGUAGUUGUAAAUGAUGAUGCAAAUGACACUGAUGACAGAAUGGAUGCUAAUAGCUUUGAACAGACCAGCGGGGACAAGGAGAAUGAAAGCCAAAUGGAAGAGGACAAUUCAACUGUACAGGACCAAUGUACAAUUCAGGACGAUAACCUGACUUCAAAGGUCUGUCUUGACACCCCUGCUGACAUCCCAAAUGGAAACGAUGAUGUCAAAGAAGCCGAGAACGUGACUUCAGCAGCUUGUCUUGAAACUAAUACUGACAUACCUAGUGGAAACCAUGAUGUCAAACAAGUGGCCAACGUCAGUGAGUCUUCCGGUACUGAGAAGCCAUACGCAGCUAGCGACAACAGCCAGUUGAAGGAGAAAACGGUGGUAGUAAAGACAAACAUUGCUGAGAAGAAGCAGUCAAAGGAAACUGAUGUCCAGAUCUCCUCCGCUGUGGCAGGUGUGGUAGCGCGACUUGUCAUGGAGGUGGUCAAAAAAGCAGAGAAGGGCUCCCGCGGUACACAAAUGACCACGAACAAAAAGACAGGCGUGCAGCUUUCGAAGACUACCAAUCGUGACAAGUCACAGACAAGCCCUACCAAAGAUACUGAUGACAAGUCACACACACGCAGGUCUACUGAGAUGACAGCACAUAAGGAUACAAGAACAGGAAAGAAACGCAAGGCUGAAGCACACGCCAACGAUGUGGUGAAGAAAACUAAGAAAAUACCCUCUGAGUCUGAUGCCAAAGAAGCGACUGGCAAUAGCACAAAACGUACCAGCGGAAACGCCAAAGAGGAUCGCAAAGUUGCUCUGGAAAAAGGAUCGAAUUCAAAACCCGUUCGGUCAAACAAUUUGAAUGCAGUAGAGCACAGAAGCAAACUCAACCGUGCCCACUCGAAGCAAGGCAACAUCAAAGACAAAACCACCGAUAGUAAAAACGGCAGGAUGCCGAAUGGGGCCGGGAAAACUGUUGACCUUACGAAAUUGCGAUCAGGAAAAGUGGAGGGUGGUCACCCUCGUUCCGGAAGGAAAGAUCGGGAGAGCGUUCGCAAAGACGGUCUCGUGUCCCUUGAAAUCAUGACCGUCGACGCCAGUGCAGAAGCUAAAGCCAGCGUAACCGUACAGGAGUUGCGAACCGUCAGACGCAAUGUCAGUUUUGAGGAACGGAAACCAAACAAGACGACCAAGGAAAGUCCCAGCUGUAGGAGCCUUCGGGCGCCGGGGACAAGACUGAGAAGUAGCAGCUGCGAUGACGACACUGCAACGGAAAGGAACACGCUACGUCGUUGGUUAGGAAGACCUACCAAGGGUAGAACCAGCGGACCUCUCAAAACGGCCUUGUUCGGAUCUGCUUGGAGAUUAGGUGACCCCACAGGUAGCGGCACGAGCGUGGCCAUGUGGGUGCGGCGAAGCAGGAAGAAUGUGGUGGGCGCUGUCCUGUUCCUGUCCGUCCCGAUGGCCUACCUCGCACUGUACGGUGCCGGGAAGUUGUUUCAGCUGCAGAGAGAAUGGACGGGCCAUGCACCGCCAAAGAUACGGCAGAUCGCAGAACAUCAUAACAGAACAACGUCCAAGACCAGAGAGCACACACCUCUCAGGAACCGGACACACCAACAUUCCACAGCCAAACCGCUCUGGGCCUUCAACGACGAUAGAAUAGCGAAAGUAAGACGUGACAUCGAGGCAGUGUGCCACCUCCAGCGGAACAUCGCUAUGACCAAGUGGAACACGUGGGUCGGCAUGGCCUUCCCGUACGAUCAGGAGCCCAGGAAGAUCCUCCGCCUCACCCGGACACUCUUCAACCUCUUCCCGGAGAAACCCCCCUUCGAGGGCAAACUCUUCAACACCUGCAGCGUUGUGGGCAACGGCGGCAUCCUACUCAACUCGGGAUGUGGCUCGGAGAUAGACUCUUCCGAUUUCGUCUUCAGGUGCAACCUCCCGCCCAUCCGAGGCUUCGAGAAGGAUGUCGGGAGGAAAGUCAACCUGACCACGAUGAACCCGAGCAUCCUGAGGAUAUACUACGGCCGUCUGGCCACGGAGAGGGACAGGGACGACUUCGCGCAGAAGAUGGUGGAGCUGAGGUACAGCUAUCUCCUCAUCCCCAUCUUCGUGACCAUCAGAGGAGCGAAGGAUGUCCAGAUCCUGAGUGAGUUCUUGAUGUCCAGGGAGGACCUGUCGGUCAAGCCGCUGUUUCCGUCCAAGAUCUGGGCUAAGACUGUGAACUUCUACUGGAAGUUGAAGAGCGGCAGGAAACUUGUGGAGUCCCGCCUGACCACCGGACUCCAACUUCUCACCACGGCCCUGUCCAUGUGUAAACACGUCAACAUGUACGGGUACUACCCCAGCGAGAUCAGCCCGUGGGGCACGCCCAUUCCCUAUCACUACUAUGAGCCGAACAGCACCUACAACUACACGUUCGGUAUGGGCGGGAUCCAUAACAUGACCAAGGAGUACGAGGUAGUGUUUCAGGACUUGGAUGUGAAGAGGAUAGCGCGGCUCAGGCAUCGGUGCAGCGCCCCCUGA